GCCCGCGCUCCGUCGCCUCAGUCUACAGUGUGCAGCACUACUGAGCACACGUCGGUUAACUUCCUUUUCCACUUGUAACUGAAUACGUAAACACAGCCCGCCAUGCUGCACGAAGCGUGGCCCGGGACGGCGGUCGGCAUCACUAGCCCUUGGCUCAAAACAGAAAUCCUCGAACUGGACGCUCUCAUUGCUGAAGUAAACAACAACUGCCUUAAAGAAGGCGAGGCGGAUUGCGGCGCGGAGGGCGCGGGCGGCGGCGAGGCAGAGAGCCCGCCCCCCCUGCCGGCGUUCGGCUACGCCCACCAGGGCGGGCUGUCGCCGUCCCACUCGCGCAGCUACCAGGAGCUGCGGCCGGCGGCACACGCGCGCGACAUGCAGACCUACCCGCACCUCGAGGAGACGCUGUUCAAGCCGGCGGGCACGCCGGCUUCCACCGACGGCGGCAGCGUGCUCAUCUUCCGCCGCAGCCCCGAGAUGAGCCCGUCGCCGGAGCGGCGCGACGACUACCGUUCCGUGCACCCUUAUGAGGCCUACACGCCGGGCCCGCCGCCCGCCUACGCCCACGAUCACCAUCAUCACGUCGACGGAGGCGGAGGUGGCAGCGGCGUGUACGCCCGCUGCGCGUACCCCGGCAGCGCGCCCUACUUCGGCAACGGCGCCGACCUGUCGUCGCAGCCGCAGAUUUGGACCUCUAGUGCAGGCGGGUCUCCGUCGUACGGCGGGUCCAGCGGCAGCGCGCCGGGCGCGGUUCUGGAGGACUACGGCGACGGCGCCGGCUCGGGCUCCGGAGGCGCCGGCGGCUCGCCCGGCAGUGGCGGCGCGUUGCCCGCCUUUAACACCCGCUUCGGUGGAACACCCUUCGCUUGUGCCACCUCGCGCCCUUCCACAGUCUACGGGACCACAGCUUUGUCUUCUAACGCCUAUGUGCCUCAGGAAGUAUGGUUAGAAGGCAGUCGCCGUCAGUACUCUGCCGCCGCCAAUCUGUCAGCAAUCGAAAUGGCGGAGAUUUUCACGGAGGGGCGCGAGUGCGUGAACUGCGGCGCCAUCGACACGCCGCUGUGGCGGCGCGACGGCACCGGCCACUACUUGUGCAACGCGUGCGGCCUCUACAACAAGAUGAACGGCAUGAACCGGCCGCCCAAGCAGCCCCGCCGGCUGGUACGUCAGCGGCACGCGGCGCACGCCGUGCCCGCGCCCGCUAACGACAUGGGAACGAAGAGGCCUGGCCUGUCGUGCAGCAACUGCCGCACGACCAUGACGUCCCUGUGGCGCCGCAACGCGCACGGCGAGACCGUGUGCAACGCCUGCGGCCUCUAUUACAAGCUACACAACAUCAACCGUCCUAUGGCUAUGAAGAAAGACUCCAUACAGACGAGAAAGCGGAAGCCUAAGAACAGCCUGAAAGCGGAGCGCAGCUUGAAAAACUUAACCCAACACUCGCAUUCAACUGCGGUCAAAAUGGAAAAUCUCUUGGACGCGGGGGCAACGGUGGCGUCGUCCGUGGGCGAGAGCAGUCGAGGGCUGUCCCUGGGCUACUACGUGCAGCAGCAGCUGAAGCGGGAGGAGCCGCCGCCGGCGCACGGCGGCGCGCUGGCGCACCACGCGCACGCGCCCACGCUGCUGCACCACGUGCACGCGCAGCACUACGAGGACGAGUUCCGACGCGCGCCCGACGGAGCCGAUCGCCUAGAACGACCCACCGUCGUCUCCAUCGGCAGCUGAGCUCGUCCUCUGCGAAUCCUGACACCUCCGACGAGUCGCUCGAGGCCAACCUUUCGGGGAACGCGACGACGACUACGGAAAUCUAUCAAUGGUGUUUGCGUGAUCGUUCAAAUAAAUAAUGAGUUUCGGUGACUUUGGUUAAAAAACCGACCUGUGCUGAACUCAAAUCAGGGUACAAAAGUAUAAUGUCAUAAAUAUUUGCUGUUGUUAUACGUAUAAGUAGCGAUUCAUUAAUAUGUCAUCAACGUGACACUACGGCGGAACAAACAAACUGGAGUUAGCUAGGAAGACUCACCGACUCCUUGCGUAAAAUAAUAUAUUUUAAACGUUGAGAAUAAUAAUAUAGAAUCUCACUUAGUUAAGCAAUUACUUUAUUUAGUAAAAUAGUGUAGGUUAGGAAUGUGAGCGAGUUCGACCAAAGAGUCGUAGCUAGUUGACCAAAUAUUCAAUGUGUACAGUCGGAUAUUAUAAUUUUGUAAAUAAUAUUUACCUACAUCUUCCGUAUUCGAGGAAAAUUUGCUAGACACGUUAUGUGCACAAGUCUUAAACUUAAAAUAUACAUAUGUAUUUACCUAUAUAGUUUUAUCUAAAUGUCUAAGAAUAAAAUGAUCCGCCAGAUUGAAGAUCACAGUUUAUGUAAUCCGGUGUGAUGUAAUCAUUAUUUACUUAGUUUACCUAUGUAGAUUAUUAAGUUGAUAUAUUUGUAACUGCAAUUACAUUUAUAAAAGAUAAUUACUGACACCUGUCAACAUAAGUGAGACGAAUUUAAGUUAAAAUACUGAGCGUCACAUUUAGUUUAAUUGUUUGUGUUUAUUUUUGUUACCAAAUAUUAAACUCGUACUAAAUAGUACGAGUAAGACUGUCUGAAGCAUUCCUUCCACAUGCGCUAGAGGGCGCAGCAUCCCGCCCUACCUGUGCGUGUGAAACGCCGAGAGGAGGCUAUCGUCAUGUUUUAUAUUACCAACUUAUUGUUGUAGUAUAACUCCAAACUCCAUGACUUUGUUAAACAUUCCUUAAAUUUAUUACACUUAAGCAUUGUAGAAAUGGUAAGAUAGUCUCUAAUUCGACUGAUACUUGUAUAAAUGAAGAUGGAUUGUGUAUACCUAAGCAACGUUUUUGAACCCUCAUCAAGUAAUGGAGAUCAAUGUCGUAGACAUGAAUUCGUGAACAUCCACUG